AAACUGACAAUCAAGCAUGGAAUUCUAACAAGCUAAUGAAUAUAAUAAUAAUAGCCUCAUAAAACUUCAUUAGCAAACAAAAACACCCGAAACCAAAGACAAAAGCCAAUAAAUUAUUGUUUGAACCAAACAAUUCGAUCAUUAAACAAUGCUCUGAAUUUUUUUAAACAAUGCGAUAAUUGCCUCACUAUUGUUUGUUGUUGUUUGAUGAAUACGUUUCUAUUUGGUGCUCUAUACUGCAGAGACCCUGAUACUGGUAAACUUCACGCGGUAAACUCAACAUGGCAAUCGACAACCUUCUGCGGGAAUUACUCAUGCAAACUUAGAAGAUUAAAUAAAAUUGAAACAGAAUAUUUACCAAUCAGGCAGAUAAACAUUUCUAACCUACAAUCAGAAGAAAAGCACAUUGAUUUAGAAACUAGUCCUGUUACGAUACACACAAAAAUAGACAGUAGUUUACCAGGUAUACCACAUAAAGAAGCUAAUGAACAAGAAGGUAGAGAAGCAAUGAAUUUCAAUAAUGAUAGGUACUUGACUGAAACUGAAAUUAAAUCCAUAGCUGAUAUGCUUCAUACAGUGAAGAAAAGUGAUUUGGAUGCGAUCGUGGAAAUAUAUAAAAUAGCUCAAGAUAUUUAUAAAGAUAUGGACAAAGCCACCUCCGACAGUGUUCUAGAUGAAACAUUAAGCACAGCCAAUGACGACGAAAAGUUUGUGAAUGAAAAACAAAGCUCGUAUUGGUACGAACCUUUACACAUUAGCCCUCAGAAAGGAGGACCGGUGGAUUUGGAAAAACAAGAAACGUUUUUCAAGCCAGCCACUCACAAGCCAAACAGGAGCCCUGGCUACUUCGGCGGAAUCCUAAGUAGCAGUGACUUCGGAAAACUUCCUUAUUACUAUCCGAUGUCGGCUUUCCAACGAAGCUCCUCAUACGUUCAUAAGCCAAACGCUGAAAAUCCACAAACAUCUUGCAAUAAAAUGGAUCAUUCGUUAAUUGAAAAAGUACUCAAAAAACAUACUGAUCAGAAUCCCCAAGCUCCAGUGCCUUAUCCAUUCCCUUACAUACAGCAAUAUAAUAACACUGCUCUGUACAGUCCCAUGUAUGGAAACCCUUGGGCUUAUUUGAAUUAUUAUAGAAAUUAUCCUUACGCGUACAUAGCUCAAAUACCAAGUAACAUAAUCCCUUUAAGCUCAGGACUCGGAAAUGCUGAUACCAAUAGCGUUUCGAAAGAAGAAGCCAAUAUAUUGGAUAGCUUGCUCGCUAAAGUGAAGGAGACAAAGCUUCCUGAAUGGCAAACGGAUCCACUAUCCAAUCAAGUGUUGGAAGAAGUCAGAGCCAAUAUCGAGAAGUCCAAAUUACUCAAGCCGUUUCCUCUCAGAAAAAAAGUUAACUUGGAGCGCGUUGGUAAGCUGAUUAAGUUGGAUGAAUUCACCAGGACCAAACGGUCUUCUGAAUUGAAAUCUGUCAGUGAUGAAUUCGCGUACGAUGUAUAUUUGGAAACAGUAACCUGUCGGUCGGAUAUACAGCCAGGAUACUUCAGGAUGGGUGACCAAAACCAACAGUAUCCGGACUGCUGUCCUCAAAGAAUAGACAGCGUUGAUGAUUAAAUUUAAAUUCUUGAAAAUGAUUCAAAGAAGAUCUUUAGUUAUUGCCUCGAUAUGAGGUAUUUUUUUUUGUUGAAUCAAAUUUACUACUGACAUUAAUUCAAUAAAAAGAGCCUUAAACCACUGAAGCUUAUCAAACAAUAGACUCUCUAUCUUUAAUUUUGUGAACGAUUUUGCAAUAGCAAAUUCUACGAAAUGCAUAUCAAAACUAGUUCCAAAAUGUCAUAACUUUAAGAGAGGGUCCGCCAUGUUUUUGAUAAUGACGUCACAAACCUUCCAUCUUUUUCUCGCAAUUAGACAACUAUGCAAAUAAUUCGAGACAGUUGAAGAGUUUUUUUAGUUUAGUAAUUUCUAAAUCUAUUGUAUUUUGGUAUUUCGAACCUGUAUGUUUUUAAUAAAUUUAAGUGGACAAGAGUUUUAAUUGCAUCAGCUAUCGAAAUCAAUAAUAGACAGUGUUUUACAUACAGGAUCUGUAAAAAAAGAUCUAUUAUUCAACCAUCUUAGAAGUAACAGUCAACUGUCUCGCGUUUUACGCUAUAUUAUUAUAAUGUAUUUAAUAUUUUGAUAAAUAAAAGAAUAUUCCCAAUAAAAAUAACAUAAAACUAAUGGUAUGUAAACACUUGAAGUAUUAAUGUCAUUUUAAAUCCGCUCAUCUUGUUUAGAUUAAAUAAACCAAACAGCAGUAUUUGUGAGUCAAUGAAAAAAAUGUAAAUAUCGUUUAAAUAAAAUAAUUUAAUUUCAAUAA